UUGUAGUCAAGAAUUAAUAAAAUAAAAUAAACGAAAGUUACUGGCGAACGGAUGGACUCCAAACCAAAAAAAAAAAGGUACUUUGGAAUGAGGCGGCGGAGGCUGCUCUGAUUGAGUUGUGGCGCGAGAAGAUGCCAGAGCUGCGGUCAGCUCGAAAGAAUGGCCAUAUCUAUGAGGAGAUGGCCAGCGAUCUGGGAAACAUUGGCUUCGUAUAUACUGGAGCGGAAGUGAGAGUUAAGUUGCACAACUUCUCCAACAAAUACAGGCAAGAAAGGGCAAAAGUUGGUCCGUCAGGAGGCUCUCCAUCUACCUGGAAACUGUAUAAUGCCGUCCAUGAAGCCCUUGGAUGCCAAAAGAGCUACUGCGCUGACGAGUUGACGGAGGAUAGUAUUAUGGUUGAUUUUGACUGCAACGAAGCCGAGUUUUACGAGUGUAUCGAAAUCGAGACGGAUGGAGAGUCAACAACAUGCCCACCGCUUCCCAGUCCUAGCUCAUCAAAUGUAGACUCCUCCAAUAGGCCUUCCUCGAGCGAGCCUGCAAAAAACAAGAAGAAGACGGCAGUGUCAGUGAUGGAGGAUAUGCGCACCGACUUCUUAAUGGCAACUCAAGAAAUGAAGCAAGCAGAUGACAAACGGCUUGCCAUUUUGCAACAGUAUGCGGAUAAUGUGAGCGAAAUGAAAGACGCGUUCGUAGAAUUUCUUCGUCGUCAAAAUAAUAAUUAAAUAUAUUAACUUUGCAGAACUUAAAAGUUAUCCGACGUGUAACAUUUUUACAUACAGCCAGAGUUAAAAGAUGGUAUGUAUUUUGUUGUAAUAUAAUACUUAUUAGCAAUUAUUCUAGCGAAAAAUUUUUUUCC